AUGUCAACUUUGACUUCAAGAGACCACUUAGUAGAGCGUCUUCCUACAGCCAUCAAUAAAGCCAGCUCUGAAUAUAAAAAUAAUAUGAAGGAAUGGCAGGGCUUACUGGAGGAAUUGAAUGAACGACUACAUGAAGCUACAAGUGAAGGGAAACCGAAAGCAAUUGCGCUCCACAGGAAGCGUGGUCGACUAUCUGCUCGUGAACGAAUUGAGCUAUUGUUAGACGAAGAUUCACCUUUUCUUGAAUUAUGCGCAAUGGCUGGCUACGGUCAAGAAGAUAUGACACUUGGUGGUUCAUUAGUAUGCGGUAUCGGGCUUGUCAGUGGAGUCCUUUGUAUUAUUUCUGCUACAGUUGCAACUUUGGCUGGAGGAGCUAUGAAUGAAGCGUCUAUCUUCAAGGGUGGUCGAAUUCAUCAGAUAGCCGUCCAGAACAGGCUACCAACUAUCUCGUUCACUCAAUCUGCUGGCGCGAACUUGCAACAGCAAUUUCGUGUAUUCCAUCGGGGCGGUGCAGCCUUUCGUAACCAAGCGUUACAAUCAAAGGCAAAUAUUCCAUCAUGUUGUGUUGUUUUUGGAAGUUCAACAGCAGGUGGUGCUUACACUCCUGGUAUGAGCGAUUAUGUUAUUAUGGUGAAAAAACAAGCUCAAGUUUUUCUUGGAGGUCCCCCAUUAGUUCAAAUGGCCACUGGUGAAGUUACUGAUGCGGAAAGUCUAGGAGGUGCUGAAAUGCAUUCUCGUAUCUCAGGUGUCAGUGAUCAACUGGCCAAUGAUGAAUAUGACGGUAUCAAAAAAGCUCGUGAUUGGGUAGCUAAUUUGAAUUGGCAGCAAAAAGGCAGUUUACCACUUCGACAUCUUAAAGGUGAAUACGAAGAACCAUAUUACUCUGCAGAGGAACUACUUGGUGUUGUUUCUACAAACAUUCGUAUUCCAUUUGAUGCUACUGAGGUGAUCAUUCGUCUCGUCGAUGGAUCAAGAUUUACCGCUUUUAAACCAAAUUAUGGCGGAAAUUUGGUUUGCGGUUGGGCCUUUAUUCAAGGGAUUCCCGUUGGCAUACUAGCUAAUAACAAUGUGAUCUUCACUCAAGAAGCAAAUAAGGCUACUCAGUUCAUUCAGCUUUGCAAUAUGAAGAACACACCUUUGGUCUACCUUCAGAAUAUCACUGGGUUCAUGGUGGGCAAAAGAUAUGAAGAAGAAGGAAUCAUUAAAGCUGGCUCUCGCUUCAUUAAUGCUGUCAGCAACUCUACGGUUCCGGCCAUUACAAUUAUGAUGGGUGCCAGUUAUGGCGCAGGAAAUUAUGCUAUGUGCGGUCGUGCAUAUGAGCCUCGGUUUUUGUUUUCCUGGCCAAACUCACGAUGCUCAGUUAUGGGUGCUGAGCAAUUAACAGGUGUGCUUGAUCUAGUAAUGCGUCAGGGAGCAGCAAGAGCUGGCAUUAAGAUUGACGAAGAAAUGGCAGAACAGAAAAAAGCUUUAUUCCAGGCAUCCGUUGAAAUGGAGUCGGAUGUUUACUACACUUCUUCACGCCUUUUGGACGACGGUAUAAUUGAUCCUCGAGACACUCGAACAGUUAUAGGAUUUUGUUUAGCGGCAAUUUAUUGCGGUGAAGUUAAAGGCGGUAACCUUUAUGGCGUCAGUCGAAUGUAG